CAAAAGUACUCCAACAUUAAAAAAAAUAGACCAAGUUUAUAGGAAAGUUCUAGACCCCUGUACGAAGACCCGCUCUGUCUGAGUAUCUGUUGAUCAGUUUUUAGAGUAAGGCAGAAAUUGAAGCCACAAUUACAAUCUCAAACAAAGCUAAUCCAUACGUCAUCCCUUACAUCACCCAUCAAACUUUCAAUCGGUCAUUUAAUUCAUUGUGCAUAUAAAAUACAAACUCUGAAAAUCUUCAGCACCCAAAAAAACUUCAAGAAAAAGAGUCAAUUGUAAUAUUUGUUGGUCAAAUGAGUGAGAAAAUGGGUGCAACAGGAGAAGGAUUUCUUGCUAAAGAAUAUGGAUAUGUGGUUUUAGUUUUGGUUUUCUAUUGCUUCUUCAAUUUUUGGAUGGCUUUUCAAGUCGGCAAAGCAAGAAAAAAGUAUAAGGUUUAUUAUCCAACUCUUUAUGCAUUGGAAUCUGAGAACAAGGAUGCCAAACUCUUCAACUGUGUCCAGAGAGGGCACCAGAAUUCAUUGGAAAUGAUGCCAAUGUUUUUCAUAUUAACGAUUUUGGGUGGAAUGAGGCAUCCUUGUAUUUGUGCUGGGCUUGGUGUUGUUUACAUUGUUUCUCGCUAUUUCUACUUCACUGGCUACUCAUCUGGUGAUCCUCAGAAACGUCUAACUGUCGGGAAAUAUGGUUUCUUGGCCUUGAUGGGUCUGAUGAUCUGCACAAUUUCUUUUGGAGUCAAGCUUCUUACUGCUUGAGAAGUUGGUCUUUCCUGCAAGCUUCGCACACUUAAUCCAAUGCUUUUUCUUUACAUCUUCAUUUUUUAUGUAUUUCUGUUGUACAACUUCCUUUUUUAUGUAUUAUCAGUUAACUUUAAAAUUUUACAGACUAAGGCUUAAUAAAUCCCCUGUAAUAUUAGUCGCACUUAUUAUAGCUUUUCUGUAUUAUGAGCAGUUUUUUGAAGUGAAAAAACAUACGAGGGAACUAAUUCAAUACUCGUAUCUCUUUGAGCAGCA